AUGCUCCAGGGCUCUGUAGAGGUUGGUGGGCCCCUCUGGGGCUGGGAUGGUGAUGGAGAUGACGACUGGGAUGGGGCUGUACUCACCUUGCUGGCACUAGCUGUGGUAGCCACCAUAGCAUUGGCUUUGCAGUGGUUUGGCUCCAGGCAGGACCAGGAGGCACGAGGAUCAGCAUCCACAGCUCCAGGUGUGCAACCUGCUCAGGCGGGAGGAGUCAGGCUGGCCCUGCACCUGAAGUCCAAGGACAGUGAUGCCAUUGAGGGACAGAGCAAAGGACAGGAGAAAUCAGAGGUUCCUGGAGAUGGCCAGAAAAGACCAGCUAUAGCGAGGGCUCAGGACCCGGAGCCAUCAAGAGGCAGAAGCAUGGCUUCAGAUGCCUGGCUUUCGCUCAAGAUAUCUGGAGAGGUGGCCAGCAGAGGGACCACCCCAGCAACCCUGGGAAAGAAAAGAAGGGCGCCAACUAGGCCAGAAACUUCCUUCCAGGGCCACCAAAAAACGAGGGAUAUUCCUGUCCCUAUCAUGAUCCGCUUUACCCCCCGAAGUCCUGAUAGCAAAACAGAGAUGUGGGUGGGGUCAACUGGCACUUGUGGUGAGGGGGCAGCUCAGCCGGGCUCCGUCCAUACAGAGCAACAGGACACCAGUCCACAGCACCUGGCUGUAGGGCCUCCUGGGCCCCUGGGGAGAAGCCUAGGCAGCUUGCGCCGGCGUCGGCGGCCUGGUGCCAGCUCAGGAGACAGACCCCGCCGUCCUCUAAAGCUGGACCCCCUCCGCCUGGGCACUGUGGUGAGUGUGUGGGAUGCUGUGGAUAUGGCAACUGCAGCCACCCAGGACAUCGUCACCAGCAGUUCCCUUGCCGGUCCCUCAUCACUCCAUUCAGACAAGGGGCUCAAGGGUCCUGAGCAGAUGGGCUUAGCUGAUGCUGUGAAUAGCCAAGCUCAGGACCCAAAGGAUGUGUGUGGGAGGAGCAGCCUUCAGCAGGCUCCUGCCAUAACUGCAGGCUCAGAGGCUAAGGAUGAUGAGAGCAGGGAGCCUGGGUCCCCUGCCCCUAGGGAGACUCAGGGGAUCCUGGCUGGUGAGGCAGCCUGGUCCUGGAAGAGUGGAGCAGCUGUGGUCACCAGCAAUUUCAGCCCCUGCCAAGGUGCCUUGCCAGAAGAGCUGCGCCCUGAGGCUCUCGAAGUGGACCAAGUUGCUGACCAGAGCAAGAUGGAGAAACUAGGGGAGGGCCACCUUAUUGGCAAAGGGAGAGAGUCUUGUCAAGGCGAGGAAAGUGAGCAGAUAGCCAUACUUAUCACAGAUGUGACGAAGUCUUCUGGUGGCUUCAGCUGCAUCCCCUCCCACAAUCUUUCAGCCUCUCCUCUGACCCAGGACACUGAGCUGGUUCCAUCCUCUGCCAUGGCAGUACAUUCCAGCCCUGGGUUUCUACAUGCAGUCUCUACCCUUGCUCCUUUAAACAAUUUGCCCCUGGAAGUUAGCCAGGGUCCUUCCGGUGGUGAAAAUCUCAAAGCAGAGCCAGCUUCCAUUCCAUCCCAAACUUUAGCUUCAGCAGAAGCCUCAGCUUCAGCUCCGGAAGCAAUCCUAGCCCCAUUCUCAAUAUCACCCCCAACCUCAACCUCAGCCCCAUCCUUAACCCCAGCCCCGGUUACAACCUUAACCCCAGUUUCAACACCAACUCCAUCCCCAACAUCACCCCCAACUCCAGCCUCUGCCCUAGUUGUAGCCCAGGCUCCUGCAGUAGAUAGUGGGCCUAGGCCUAUGUCUAGGGAGUCUAGUGUGGGUCUCUCCAAGAGCUCCCUGGAAGGACGAAUCUCAACUAGCUGGGGAAACCUUAUUACUAUGGUUCUUAGAAGCCACCCCUUCCCUAGGCAAGAAAAGGCCGAUGGUAGUGCCCCAAGGGCAUAUCCUCAGAGUCCUGCUGGGUCCAGCACAUCCACCUACUUGGAAGAUAGACAGCCAGGUCCUCCCUCUGAAGGGGCCAUCUCCAGCCUCCAGGACAAACAUGGACCAUUGUCAGUCUCAGUCACAACAGUGGGUUCAGGGAGCCUAGCUGAGGGCAGAUGUGAAACACAGCCAAUGAACAUGGAGAUGAAUGUGUCUUCUGCUCCAGACCAUAAAGGAGAUGAAACCAAGGAGAAAAGUUUAGACCCUCUGCCCCCAGCUGCAAAGCCUGAGGCUGUCUCACAGUUUCCUGUGCCAGCACAGCCUGGUCCUGUCCCAUCUACUGUGAAGCAGGAUGCUCAGCCCAUCCCUCAGCCUCGGCAACGGAGGAAGCGUAGCAUAGCUCAGAGCUCUGAACAGAUACUUUCUCAGGAAGUAUCCCAGCAGCCCCAGGGGCAGGUGCUAAAGGAUGGAUCCAGACCUGCAAGCCGCAGGGACAUCCUCACAGAGAAGCAGAAAGAGACACGAAAGCUUAUGGUUUUUCUGCAGAAGCCUGGUAGUUGGGGAGUGGUGGAGGGGCCUCAGAAGUCCUGCUCACGGGUCUCGCCACCUACCACAGCAACAGCGCUGUGGCCCCCAAAGCUAGACCUCGGCAGCUGCUUGGAAGUUUUGGCCUUUGCUCAGAAGCAUGGAGAGUUGGGCUUAGCCCAGGACACCUAUGUCCUGAUGAGCAACAACUUGCUGCACGUUCUGGGAGACCCACAGCUCUACCGACAGCUGAGUGGAGCCGACAGGGAGCGGAUCCUGAACCUGCGGACCUGCCAGGGUCAGACAGUGCUAGGGGUCCUUGAGCUGCCCGGUCUUUACCAGAUGAGCCGCUCAGGGCUCACAAGGGGCCCUCAUAGUGAGGAGACUCCUGCCACCAGGCCUGAGCAUUUGUAUCUUCACACAUACCUCCAUGUGUUCAACCCACAAGAGAAUGUGUGGCGGCCCCUGACUCAAGUUCCAGAGGAGGUCCCACUCCGGGGAUGCGGUCUCUGCACCAUGCAUAACUAUCUGUUUCUGGCAGGUGGCAUCAGAGGUUCUGGUGCCAAGGCUGUCUGCUCUAACAAGGUGUUCUGCUACAACCCUCUGACCAACAUUUGGAGCCAGAUUCGGCCCAUGCAGCAAGCCCGGGCCCAGCUCAAGUUGGUGGCUCUCGAUGGGAUGCUAUAUGCCAUUGGUGGUGAGUGCCUAUACAGUAUGGAGCGCUAUGACCCACGCACAGAUACCUGGACCUUGAGAGCAUCCCUCCCCGAGGGAACCUUCCCUGUGGCCCAUGAGGCUGUGGUCUGUCGAGGAGAUAUCUAUGUCACAGGGGGUCAUCUCUUUUACCGCCUGCUCAGAUACAGCCCAGUGAAAGACUCAUGGGAUGAGUGCCCCUAUAGUGCCAGCCACCGACGCUCCAGUGAUAUGGUGGCGCUAGGGGGCUUCCUAUACCGCUUUGACUUGUUGCGGGGUGUAGGUGCUGCUGUCAUGCGCUACAACACAGUGACGGGCUCCUGGAGCCGUGCUGCGUCCCUGCCACUGCCUGACCCUGCCCCACUCCACUGCACAGUAUUGGGGAACACCAUUUACUGUCUCAACCACCAGGUCACAGCUACCUUCACGGUUUCAGAGGGGACUGCCCAGUUCCAAGCCAAGGAACUGCAGCCCUUCCCCCAGGGAAAUAAGGGGGUCCUCUAUCCAUUCACUCUGACUUUGCCACCCAAGACUUGGUUACAGACCACACUCUGA